AUGGUUUAUAUAGAGUUACAGCACUGCCUCACUCUUCCAAUCGUGUCAAAACUGACUUUAGAAAAUAUAGGAAAUUGGAGGAAGAUGCGGUUUGUUCUGUUUUUCACGUUUUAUGUUUUCCUGGUGUAUGGCAACCGCCAUGAGUUGAGACUCAUUAAUUUACGUGGCAUGGAGGCCAUGGCGCUCGCCAUGGUGGUGGUGGCGUCCGCCACAUCAGCAAAAGUGAGAUUUUGCUUCUUUUUCUGCUCUUUCUUCCUCCUUUUUUAUUAUGAUGCAUGUUUCUUCACAAAUAGCAAAAAGCCUGAAACACAACACAAAGCAACAUAA